AUGGGGUAUGAAGAAUUUAAAGAUUUAUGUUAUGUACAUGUUGGAGUUGAAAAAGCAUCACAUAAGUUGAAUAUCUCAUUAUGCUAUCAAUUUGGAGGGCAAUCCACUAUUUCACGAGUCAUAAGUGAUUCAAGUCUAGACGUAAUGUAUUAUUUGGCUGAGAAUGUUGCAAAUUAUUGGGGUCAAGUUUUAAUUGAAGUUGAAAAAAUAAUGUCGCCUACAAGUACUAGUUUUGUAGAUCUCCUUCAAAAUUUUGAGGUGUUGGAGCCCAAUCCAUCAAAUGUACCAUUUCCUUUGCCAGAUUGUGGUACAUUUGAGGGAGAUUGUGAUGAAGCCAACUCAUUAUAUAGUGAAGAUACUAGUAGCGAGUCAUUAUGUUUUGGGGAAGAUUCUGAUGAUGAUGGUGUGUGUGAAACUCCAGUUAUGAACUUUAUGAGGGAUGUUGGAGAUAUAGGAGACGGUGACAUAGUCGGUUUGGAAGACCGCAUUCAAAUAGAUGUUUGGAAGGAGUCAGAAAAUAAAAUAAGGUUAGGAAUGCAAUUUGAAAGUAAGUUACAAGUAAAAAAGGAAGUGACACUUUGGUCUAUCAACCAAAAUAGAGAGUUCAAAGUGUAUGAUAGUAAGCCUAACUUGUGGGUAGCAAAGUAUAGAACUCUAGGAAAUGAAGAAGAAAGUUCUGGUAGUGUGCACUAUACGCCCCGUUGUGCAUGGUAUGUUCGUGCAGUUAAGAAGAAAAAAAAUAUCUUUGAGAGUCUGAACAAUGCACUUCGCGGAGCAAGACAGUUACCGAUCAGGGCGUGUCUUGACCUUACAUUUAAUAGAACUGUACAACUUUUUAGAAAUGAUAUUGCAAUGAAUUGCAAUACACCUCUACCAUCAUGUGUCUACAGAAUUGUCACAAAGUUACAGAUAAAUGACAAAGGAGGAAAUACAUACACUGUCCAUUAUUUUCAACAAACAUGCACAUGCGAAUCGGAUUGGAAGAUUAAAGCAGAUAACUCGAAACUUUUUGUGCAUUGAGGCCAGAGGUGUGCAAAUCGAUUUCAUAACGAGAUGAACAUUCGUCAUCCCGACGAACCUCGCAAAUGUAGACUAUGUCACCAAACUAAUCAUAAUAGAAGAAAUUGUC